GGUGAGCGCUCAGACUCGACCGGAGAACAGCAUGCUGGAGGAGGAUAUAGCGUUUGACCAGGCCUCUAGGAUGGCUCCAGCAAUCACAGAGGAAACUACCUUACAGCUUGAGGAGAUUAUCAAACAAAGAAUCAAAGAUCAGGUGUGGGAUGAUGUGGUAAGGAAAGAGAAGCCUAAAGAGGAGGUGUUUGAGUAUAAGAAGAGACUCACUCUGGACCAUGAGAAGAGCAAACUGAGUCUUGCCGAAGUUUAUGAGCAAGAAUAUAUCAAACAGACACAGGUGAGUCCU